GCGAUUUUGCGAUUUCUCCGAUUCAAGCAAUUCCGGUGUUGUCUCCGGUUACGACGGCGGAAAAUCAGAAGAAGGCGACAGCGUAGCUACUCUUUCGGUUGGUUUUCUGUCGAGGAGUUGAAGCAAGAGAAACCCUAAUUUUGGCUCAGAUUCGCCGAAACCCUAAAGGUGCACCUUCUAAAGAAAUUCAUGGUGUUGCUAUAUUUUGGGGGCAAAGUAUCUAAGGAUGCACUCAUUCCAAUCACUAUCCCUCAAAUAUCUGAGGAUGCUUACAAGUAUCUCGAAGAUCUUCCAAAAGAUGUGAGGCGCAUCUUAGUGCCGAUACUACGUUCCCGCCCAGAUCCCUCUGAUGUAGUUGCAUUCAUGACCGAAACGACAGCUUCUGCUCUUUGGAAACAAAAAGAGCAAAAAAGGAUAAAUAGGCAUUGCCCACCAGAUUUUCAGCAUUUGCGCUAUGACCUAAACAACAAUACAGGAUGGGCAAUCAUAGCAGCUAAGCUGCUAAGUAUUGCACAUUUUCUUAGAGAAAAUGUGCCGCCUUUUGUUAAUUGUUCAGCUCAGUAUCUGCUCGAUUGUGUGCCUGGCAAGAAAGUAGUGUCAAAAGACGUGGGAAGCAGCAAAAGGAGACGUAUUUGUGACAACAUCAGCACUAUAGCAGAAGCCAUAGAGUAUGCUUUGAACAACAAAAUUCCACGCGAAGAUGAUUGGGAAUAUCUGGGAUAUCAGAGAGAUGACGAUCCACCAGUAGAUAUUUCCUAUUUUAACGUGAUGGGAAAGCUACAGUCGUUGACUCUUCAGGAGGCAUUGAGCUUCUUAAAUAAACAACCCGUGGCAGCUAAGCUGCAUCUCUUCAACUCCUACCAACAUGUUGAUAGGGUUUACCGUGGGCCUAUCCCCGAGUACUCUGACUACAUAGGAUUAGAAGAUGUGAUGGUAUAUGAAGUUACCAUCUAUUUGAGGGAGUGGGUUGCCAUAGUGAAGCUUCCAUGCAGAAUACAGGGUUUUUUGAGAGUUUCCUUAGAUGCGAUGCUUGUUUAUGUGCUUCGAGAUAAUCUUGAUCAGGCUGAUGCUCGUCGCAUUGUUUUGCCUAGCCGUCUGCUCACUGAGUUUAAUGUUAUUGUAGGCUAAGUAAUCAUGUUUUUUUUUUGUUUUUGCGUAGCUGUUGAUGAACUUUAGUAUUAAUGUAUUGUAUUGAACUCUACUUGUAUUGAUGUUAAUCUAAAUCUUGAAUUUAUGUUUCUGCUUGCUGGUUAGACCUAAAUCUUGUUUCUAC